AUGGCUCACCUGUAUCUCAAUGGGUACGUGCGCUUUCUCACCUCACUCACAGAGCACAAGAAACAGAGGCACCACCAGGGAAGUGGCCAGCACAAGGUCACCCAUCUGCCUCCAACUCGCACCCUGCACUCAGAGGCUGACUUUCUCUGCCUGGACCUGUCCCCAGACCUUACAAACAGCAAAAAGUUUCUCCUGCGGUGUCACCUGAGUGCCUUGCCAUCACUAGCCUCCGCAUCCCAGCAGCCUCGCAGGACCACACUGGCUGUCCCCGGGGGACUCGGAGCGCAGUGGCCGCUGCUGAAGCAGGACAGCUUUCCAGCUCGCUCGGCUGGCUCCGCGGAGCACGCACACCCCCCAGACCUCUCGGGAGAGACCUCUUCCCCGGCCGUCGAGACAUGGGCUCCCCUUGCCCGGCUGAGGAACGGCUGGAACUGGGCUCCUCGAGACAGGAGGAUGCUCUGCAAGCAGCUGGGGCUGGCAGAACAGCCUAGGAAACAGUCACAAGGCCGCAGGCUGAGGAUGAUUGAAGAGGAGGGCUGCUAUCGAAUCACAUGGGCUGACUCCAAAGCCCUGACCCUCAGCCAAGAGUCCCAACGGGUUGACCUACCACCCGGUCUGGACGUCUUAGCCAUGCCCGUGCCUUCCAGAGACGCCCCCUACGGUUCCUGCAGUCCCUUGAGUCAUUUCCUGCCUGGCGCCCGGGAGCUGCGGUCCACCAAGGGUCUGUACUACCGCAGGGUCCGGAAGGUGGGCGCCCGGGACACGUGCCCUGUGGCCGACCUCAGGAAGGAGAUUCUGGUCAACGUGGGGGGCAGGCGGUACGUCCUUCCCUGGAGCACGCUGGACGAGUUCCCGCUGAGCCGCCUGAGCAAGCUCCGGUUGUGCCGCAGCUACGAGGAGAUCACCCAGCUCUGCGACGACUACGACGAGGCCAGCCAGGAGUUCUUCUUCGACCGGAGCCCCAGCGCCUUCGGGAUGAUCGUGAGCUUCCUGGCGGCCGGAAAGCUAGUUCUGCUGCGAGAGAUGUGCGCGCUGUCCUUCCGCGAGGAGCUCUCCUACUGGGGCAUCGAGGAGGCCAGGCUGGAGCACUGCUGCCUGCGGAAGCUGCUGAAGAAGCUCCAAGAGCUGGCCGAGCUGCGCAGGGGCGAGGAGCUGCAGCGGCGCCGCGAGGCCGGCGGCCCUGCCCGGGACCCCUCGCGCUGGGGGAUCCUCAUGCACCGGCUGCGGGAGAUGGUGGACAACCCACAGUCGGGGCUCCCCGGCAAGGUCUUCGCGUGCCUCUCCAUCCUGUUCGUGGCCACCACGGCCGUCAGCCUGUGCGUCAGCACCAUGCCCGACCUGAGGGCCGAGGAGGACAAGGGUGAAUGUUCUCAAAAGUGCUACUAUAUCUUCAUCGUGGAGACCAUCUGCGUGGCCUGGUUCUCCCUGGAGUUCUGCCUGCGGUUUGUCCAGGCCCAGAACAAGUGCCAGUUCUUCCAAGGGCCACUGAACAUCAUUGACAUCCUGGCCAUUUCCCCGUACUAUGUGUCGCUCGCAGUGUCCGACGAGCCCCAGGACGGCGAGAGGCCCAGCGGGAGCUCCUACCUGGAGAAGGUGGGGCUGGUGCUGCGCAUCCUGCGGGCACUGCGUAUCCUGUACGUGAUGCGCCUGGCCCGCCACUCGCUGGGGCUGCAGACGCUGGGGCUCACCGUGCGCCGCUGCACCCGCGAGUUCGGCCUGCUGCUCCUCUUCCUCUGUGUGGCUGUCACGCUCUUCUCCCCUCUGGUCUACGUGGCUGAGAACGAGUCCGGCCGUGUCCUGGAGUUUACCAGCAUCCCGGCCUCCUACUGGUGGGCCAUCAUCUCCAUGACGACGGUGGGCUAUGGAGACAUGGUCCCCUGCAGUGUGCCAGGCCAGAUGGUGGCUCUCAGCAGCAUCCUCAGUGGGAUCCUCAUCAUGGCUUUCCCAGCCACCUCCAUCUUCCACACCUUCUCCCACUCCUACCUGGAGCUCAAGAAGGAGCAGGAGCAGGUGCAAGCCCGCCUCCAUCGCCUCCAGAACGCCCACGCCGCCAGUGAACGUGAGCUCCUGAAUGAUGUUGAUGACAUGAUCCUAGAAGGGCCCGCCUCACCCAUCAAGUACAUUUAA